AUGGGCCAAUUGAUGUCCCACCCGAUGGAGGAGAAAUCCAUCGAGUACCACACCUUCGACACCAUCUCCUACUGCGUGGGAGCCAUGCAAGGAUACCGCUUGAGCAUGGAAGACGCCCACGACGCGCGGAUUUCGGAAAACGAGGCGUUGGCCGUCUUCGGCGUUUUCGACGGCCACGGCGGCAAGGACGUGGCCCACAUUUUGCGCUCCACACUCGUGGCCAAAAUCUUCAAGCAUCUCAACGGGUACAUAACCGCCGGCAGCGCCCCGCCCCGCUUGGCCACGUUCACAAAGACACUCACCAAUUGCUUUUUCGAGGUGGACGCGGGGCUCCCCGACAAAACGGCCGCCAAUUGUGGGUCGACGGCUAUCGUGCUGACCGUGGUGGCCGGGCGCUACAUCAUCGUGGCCAACACCGGCGACUCGCGGUCGAUUCUCUCGUUGCCGGGCGGCCACGCCAAGACGCUUUCGUUCGACCACAAGCCGUCCCACAUGGGCGAGCGGGUGCGGAUCGAAAACAGCGGCGGCUACGUGCUCAACUCGCGGGUCAACGAGAUCUUGGCGUUGUCCCGCGCGUUCGGCGACUUGAAGUUCAAGAUCCCGUGGCUCCAGCUCGACGCAGUGGGGAAAAACAACUCUGUGUUGGAGCAGAACCGCAAGUACUGCAAACAGGACUUGGUGUUGCUACCGCCCGAGCUAUUCCAGGUGACGGUGGAGCCCGAGCUCAUGGUCUACGAUCUCCAGGCCCUUGACAUGCCCGAGUUCAUGGUCUUGGCCUGCGACGGCAUCUGGGACUGCUUCACCAAUGACCAGUUGGUGCGGGCGAUCCGAGAAAAGCUCGGCCAUGGCUGGACUUUGCAGCAUAUCACCGAGUAUGUUUUGAACGAGUGCAUUGCCAUGGCGUCCAGUGCCACGGGGAUUGGCUUCGACAACAUGACGCUUAUGAUUGUCGCUCUCCACCCAAAGACCACCAUGGACGAGUGGCGCACCGCCAUG